GCAGCUCCCAGAAAGGAUCCACCCCGAAGGGGUGGAGGGCUCCCGAGGCGGCUCUGACUCACGCUUGCUAGCGUGGUUUCGACCAGACUUUCAACCAGAACGACCCCCACAAUCUGGCCCUUAGCUGGGAGCUCCUGGGGCGGCUCCCCACCCAGACCCUCCCACCAGUCCAGACUCCCAGCCCCAGGCACCCCACCUCUCCACCUGUGACCCUGACCCAAAACCCAGGAAGAAGUUAAGGAAAUAAAAUGAACUCACUGUGGCCAAGCUGCUAAGUUACUAAAGACUCCAGCUCCAGCUCCAGUUGGAGACCCCCGACUCCAGCUACAGAGACCCUGACCCAGCGAGACAGAGACUGCAAGCAUGUCAUCAGAAAAGUCAGGCCUCCCGGACUCAGUCCCUCACACCUCUCCGCCGCCCUACAACGCCCCGCAGCCGCCCGCCGAGCCCCCCGCCCCGCCCCCGCAGGCGGCGCCCUCCGCGCACCACCACCACCACCACCACUACCACUAGUCGGUCACCGAUUCCUUCCCGCGACUCGUGGCCGCGAAAAAUGACACGCUUCCGCUGGGGGGCUUCGUGGCCCCCGGGUACCCCCUUCAGCUGCAGCCCUGCACCGCCUUCGUGCCGGUCUACCCUGUGGGCGCGCCCUAUGCAGGCGGGACCCCGGGGGGCGCGGGAGUCCCCUCCACGCUGCCCGCGCCGCCGCAGGGCCCGGGGCUGGCCCUGCUGGAGCCCAGGCGCCCGCCGCACGACUACAUGCCCAUCGCAGUGCUGACCACCAUCUGCUGCUUCUGGCCCACGGGCAUCAUCGCUAUUUUCAAGGCGGUGCAGGUGCGCACGGCCCUGGCGCGCGGAGACAUGGUGUCGGCGGAGAUCGCCUCGCGCGAGGCGCGGAACUUCUCCUUCAUCUCCCUGGCGGUGGGCAUCGCGGCCAUGGUGCUCUGCACCAUCCUCACCGUGGUCAUCAUCAUCGCCGCGCAGCACCACGAGAACUACUGGGACCCGUGAGGACGCCCCCGGCCCGGCGCCGCCCUGCGCCCCUCCACCUCAGUGCGGCCUGCGCUCCCGCCGCGGACCCCCGGGGCGCCCUGCACACCCGCCCCCGGGGCUGCCGGACUGGGAUGCGCCCUAAGCUCGGCCUCCGCGGAAGCCCUCGCGGUGCGGGCACGCUCCGAAUCCAGUUCCUCAGGAACCGCGCCGAAGCCCACACUCCCAAGGACGCCGCGUCCCUGGGUCCCAGCCAAACACCAGGCCCCAGGCGCCCCAGACUCCCCUCCCCCCUAAAAGCAGCGCCCCGGGGGAAGCUGCGGGAGGGUCCUUCGCGGAGCCGGGAGCCUGGUCCCGCAAGCCCCGCCUCCUCCAUAGGCUCCGCCCCGGCUCUGAAAAACCCCGCCUCCAGGUCGGCAGGCUCCGCCUUCUUCUCUUCCUCGCGGGGUGCUUCGGGCCGGCGAUUGGGUUUGGGGCACCGGGCCUCACCCCCAGACCGACAGACUCCUCCCGUUCUCGCGGCGUGAGGACCCAGCCGCGGCGCAGCCACGGCUCCCGCGCGCUCCCGUUUUUGCCGGCGGUUUCUUGUCUCCUCCACCCCGUCUCCGCCGAGUUUCUUGCUAAUCCCAGAACCUCUAUUUUUGUUUUGUUAUGUUUCUUGAGAUGGAGUUUGGGAGGCUCCCAGUUUAGGACCCUUCCCUCUGGGAAGAAGAUACCGUGCCGGUCCCUGUAAAUAUUCCCGAGCAGCCGGGCGAAGGGAACCCAGGCUGCGGGCCUGCCGGUGUCCGGAGGGAGCCCGCUCCCGCUCCCCGGCAGCCCCGCCUUGUUCUGAUCUGUGUGUGAGUGUGUGUGUGAAUUUCUGAAAGCCAAUAUUAAAGAGUCU